GCAGAAAUUCCUCCCAUAGCCCCUUGGAUGUGUGCCAGCAGCAAAGCAACAGCAGCGGAUAUAGAUCCGCACUUUGAGGCUGCUGUUAACUGGCUGGUCUUGGCGCUGUUCUGGCCUUGUCGCUGUCAAGAGGGAAUGACUAAUCUGUUCUCAUGAGUCGCUGAGGACACAAAGUCUCAGCCUGCGACCGGACAAGACCUCAACACCCGUGCGUAAAGUCUGCGUGCUGAUUUUUGUGAUACUAUCCCCCUGUAGCGGGGUUAGGACCACCGCGUACAUCGCCCUUUUCUGCCAUGGAGUUUAACUUCCCAUGAGGGGGUUUCCAGAAUAAGAGUCACACCAGAUGAAGUUAAAGAAAUCCCCGGUGGGAUGCAUCUGAUCAUUCAGUUGUACAUAUUUGUCAGCCGCUUGCCUUCUUCUGCGGCACUUUAAUUUCAGAGGACUAACAAAAACAUCACAAUGGAUUUCUCUGAAAAGCCUGAAAUCUGUAAAAUAUGGACUGACAAUUAAAUGAUCAUGAUUUGAGUCAAGAUUUGGAAACUGUGACUGUGUCCAGAUACAACUGUGGUUAGUCAUGUUGGAGGCUGGAUCUGUCACUGGAGGAGCAUUUUGUGGCUCAACCUCGACGUACAAGUUCCCACUGUGUUUAUGCAGCAGCUGCCUCUUCCUUAGGAAUACUCUCUCUCCUGAUUGGCUGUGGAUGGGAUCGACCAUGGCUAGUAGCAUUACACUGUUCACAUUACUUAUUUCUUGGGAGAUGCUCUGCUAACUGAAUGGAUGUAGCCUUUUGUUUUAAAUUUUUGAAAAAAAUGGAGGAACUAAGGACAUCAUCUCUAUUCUCUGGGGACAAAUUGACAAAUUUGGCCUAAAGGGACAUGUUCAAGACUUCACCUUAAUGGAAUUAGAGCUAAAAACCUUGAACUAUAAAGGACAAGACAAGUGAAUAGUUAACAAUCCCUCAUUUAAAAAAGAAAAGAAAAAAUCUUCUGGAGUCCCUCUGUCCUGUCAUCUGAGAUGCACUGCCCCAUCAGGAAGAAGCGCCCCGCUCGGGGUGCCAAUUUCGCGGCGAUUGUGGUUCCCUCUAUGCGUGGGUCUGGUUACCUUGACUACACCGUCAAGACCCACGCUUCCAGUUCGAUGAAGGUCAUGGAUGAGUUCAGACGCCAUGAGAUGCUGUGUGAUCUGGUGCUACAUGUCACAUACAAGGAAAAAAUGGUGGACUUCAAGGUGCACAAAGUGGUGCUGGCAUCCUGCAGCCCCUACUUCAGAGCCAUGUUCACCAGCAGCUUUAAAGAGUGCCGUGCCUCAGAGGUCACCCUGCGCGAUGUCUGCCCCCAGGUGGUGGGAAGGCUUAUUGACUUUGCCUACACCUCCCGCAUCACCGUGGGAGAGAAGUGUGUGUUGCAUGUUCUUCUGGCUGCUAUGAGGUAUCAGAUGGAGGAUGUGGCCAAAGCGUGCUGUGAUUUCCUCACAAAGCACCUGGAGCCGGCUAAUGUCAUCGGCAUCGCCCGCUUCGCUGAGGAGAUCGGCUGCACGGAGCUGCACCAGCAGAGCAGAGAGUACAUCAAUACACACUUCAGUGAGGUGACUAAAGUGGAUGAGUUUUUCAGCCUUUCUCACUGCCAGCUGCUGGAGCUCAUCAGUCAGGACAGCCUCAAGGUGCUCUGUGAGUCUGAGGUGUAUAAAGCCUGCACAGACUGGGUCAGCUGGGAUGUGGAGGGCAGAGCUCAGUAUCUCCACGCUCUUCUGAACGCUGUCCGCAUCUACGCCCUGCCUCCUAAGUUCCUGAAGAACCAGCUCCUGUCCUGCCCCAUCCUCAGCAAGGCAAAUUGUUGCAAGGACUUCCUGUCUAAAAUAUUCCAGGAAAUGGCACUGAGGAAGCCCCUCCCUCCUGCACCGCACCGUGGAACCCAGCUCAUCUAUGUGGCUGGCGGGUACCGGCAGCAGUCACUGGCCACCAUGGAGGCCUAUGAUCCAAGGAGGAAUGUCUGGUUGAAACUGGCUGACAUGGGGGCUCCUUGCAGUGGCCUGGGAGCCUGUAUGCUUUUUGGACUGCUCUAUACGGUUGGGGGCAGAAAUAUGUCACUUCAGAACAACACAGAGUCCAGCGCCCUGUGCUGCUACAACCCUAUGACCAACCAGUGGAGUGAGCACGCCUCCCUCAACAUCCCCAGGAACAGGGUCGGGGUGGACGUGGUGGAUGGCAGCAUCUACGCUGUAGGAGGCUCCCAGGGCUCCACACAUCACAACACCGUGGAGAGGUGGGAUCCAGAGUCAAAUCGCUGGUCAUUUGUUUGCCCAAUGUCAGUGGCUCGCCUGGGUGCCGGGGUGGCGGCAUGCGGGGGGGCUCUGUAUGUCGUGGGGGGCUAUGAUGGUCAGACCCGCUGGAACACUGCUGAGAAAUACCAGCCUGAUACCAACACCUGGCAGCCACUGGCACCCAUGAGCUCUAUACGCAGCGGACUAGGCUUGGUCUGUCUGGAUUCAUACCUAUACGCCAUAGGAGGCUAUGAUGGGCGGAGCCAGCUGUGCUCCAUGGAGCGUUACAAUGUAGCCAGGAACCUCUGGGAGCCCAGGGCCUCCAUGCAGCACUGCCGCAGCGCACACGGAGUCACGGUCUACCAGGGACGCAUCUUCGUCUUUGGAGGUUUUAACCAGAAUGGCUUCCUGUCCAGCGUGGAGUGUUACUGCCCAGAAACAAAUGAAUGGACUUAUGUCACCGACAUGCCAGUCGGACGCAGCGGCAUGGGUGUCGCUGUUACCAUGGAGCCCUGCCCUGGCAACCUGCCAGAACAGGAGGAGGAGGACGAUGAGCAGGAAGGCACAUAACAGAGGAUCAGGAUGAGGAAACCAGAACAAACUGUUGAAGUCCCAAGUGCUGAGAAAACUGUUAUAACUGGUGCUGCUUUUCAAGAGAGGGUUAAGUGCAUUACACAUUCCAGUAUGACUACUAGUGUGUCCCCACCCACUGUGGAUCUUAUUUAGAUCACACCAUGGAAUGCUACAGGCCUAGUUUGUACAGAAAUGUCGAAAAAGAAUUAUACAGUAGUUGUACACAUGUUGAAAGUGGGGAACUGGCUGCAUAAACAGUGACCUCGCAAUGACAAAGGUGUUACACAUGUUUUUGCUGUUUGAGUAUUCCCCAAUGCUGUUGCUGAAUCUUGAAAUGUGCCUCUUUAAAUGAACCUGAAAUGUGGACUGACACGCUGCCUCCAGUAUCUUAAUUUCUAACCCCUCCCCCUUCCUCCAGUGAGCUGUUUUCUUACUUUUGUUUCAUUUCUUGUGUGCCAAUAUAGUUUCACUGAAAACCGUUUUUUUGUUUUGUUUGUUUUUGUUGACUCGUUACUGUAAGUAAUGUAUGAAAAUUGAUUUAAUCAAAUACAUGAAUGAGAAAUUUAUCAUCAUCCCCCCACAGUGUGUUCCUUAUUGUUAUGAGGUUUUCCAGGUGAUGGAAGUGAAGAGAAACAUGUCUCAUCAACCCCUUACCAUCUCAAUUAUGAGGGUGCAUCAGCCCAGUGUACUGCAUGCAGCCCAAGUAUGUGAGAGCGCACUGACUACCACUAGAUGGUGGAAUACUUCCAAAAACAGCAGCAUAGUACAUCAUA